AAUCAGGAGAGGCUCGUGCUCGUCGCUAGUUAACUGGAAUCCAGGUCAACGCUAAGCCGGUUCUAAGUACUGCGUACCGGUUGUAGAAUUAUGAUGCAUAAGGCGAAAAUACUAGAACUUGAUCAAAGUUAUGAAGAAGAAAAUGAAAAAAGAGGAGGUAAAAAGAAAUGGUCGCAAACGUUGAAGAAAGUGUGCAGGUUUUUAGACCGCAUGCGAUUGCGACCUUGCCUUUAGCGUCUUCGAAGAGGAGAGCCACCUAGAAUUUGCGACCGCCUUCGCAGCGAGGACUGCUUCGGCAUCUACUGCUGCAACGCUCAAGACAACCACAAGGCUACAGCUGACACAAGAUAACUGGCUACAACUACCUACAACUAAAUCGUCUUCGUCAUCACCUACAAAUUCUAGCGAAACCAAGUAGACAAAAUGCCGGUCUCCCUAUUGCAGCAGCAGACCUCGCCGAGCAUCCCGGCACCCCCACUAGUAUUAGCUUCCAGUGGUUUUGGGCCUAUGGAACAGUAUGGGGGCUCUAGUGCGUCCACGAGCAUGUCUUUCCUCGCCAAUGAAGGGGGCACCACACUGGCAGACAACUACAUGGCUAGUAUGGGAGUAGGAGAGCAACUGCAAAGUGCAUCUUCUCCUGGGAGGAUCAUGAAUUCACCUUAUGGAGGUGGAAUGGAGAAUGGAAUAGGAGGAGCUGGAGGAAGUGGAGGAAGUGGCUUGCAUACAGGAGUCGCGGGUUCUGGAGCGUCCGGAGCUUCGUUGACUAGUUCGUUUGGGCUAUCUCUUUUAGAGACUGUUGGGAUGCUGACAUCGCAGUUGCCAGCUUCAGACGCGGUGCUCGUGAAAAUGACGGAGAUAUCUUCAGCGGAGCGGUUUGGGAGAGUACUAGCAGUAUUUGCGAUGCUUUUUCACGGCACUAGUUACCUCUACAUCAAGGGCCUCAAAGCGGAAGAGAACCGACAAAUGUUAUGGCAACCACGAGAGCAUCCUCAGCGUCAUCCUUUGCCCCUUCUUCAAGGGGAAAAAGGGGCCAGGGAUUAGGGUUUAGGGAUUUGACGCGGCAGCUCUAAAGGUGUCGGCAGCAACGCACCCGUUCCUGUACUACGAGCCGUACUUGAUUCAGCUUUACUUUUAUGCUGGCGUCUUGCUAGCUUCAACUGUCAGCUUCUUCUAUCUGGACGCAGCGGGGGUGGAUAUUUUGCAUCAAAAUGCUAGUAGUUUAGGAGCUAAUGUGGAGCAUGUUGCUGCUGUCGGUCAUGCCCUAAACCAAACGUCAUCUUCGAUGGCAGCAUCAACUACUAGCGGACAUCAUGGGCAUGGCCACGCAUUGUUUCAUCCUAAUCAUGCCGUCCAACACCCGUCUGCCCAGGAUGUCAUUAGCAAUACCAUGAACGCAACACUACAUUUCGGAGCAUCUUCAACGGCGUCUAGUAAGCACUCCUUUCUGCUUCAACAGUUCCCAGUUGCGCCUCUCUCACCAACAUUGACGGGUAUCCUUCACGCAGGAAGUGGUCUAGCGUCGUCAAGUAGUGUUACAGCAAGUUCUGUUGUGAAUGGAGGUAAUCCUAGUCCAAGUGCUAGCAGCACUGCUGCAACUUCUACAGUCGACUCAUUAUACAAGAAGUAUCCGGGAGGUGACGGUGCAUCUGAUAGUGCAGACGCGAUAUUUCAGUCGGAUGUCUUUGACACAGCAGCCCCUUGGUAUGACGCUUUCUUGCAAAGGGAAGGUCUUAUAUCAGGAAUUCUAGCCGGAAGUUGCAUAGAAGCGGCGUUCAUGACGGUGGAGUACAUUGGCGUGCCGCUGUCGACAGCCCUCGUAUGGCCAACUGCUGUGCUGGGAUGCUUUUUUCUAGGUAUUACAGAGUGUUAUUUAUUUAGUAGGGCUUUGUUUCAGACCUUCUGCAUCAAGCAUUUCAUCUUCCCCACAGAGAGAAAGACAUAUAGUAGACAAGCAAAUUCUCCAACGUAUUACAGGUAGUCACGUUUUCGAUGUCCAGAUUUGGUCCGCGAAUAUGGCUGUUAUUGGCGUAACUCUGGUCCUCCUAGGCCUCUUCGGAGUGUGUGCCACGCGAGAGAUAGCCAGAUAUCUCGCCUGCAGUGAAGAGAAGAGUCCAUUGCUGCAAGUAUUCGAGUUAGAUGCGAUAUGGGAAGUACAACAGAGCACAAGAAAAAGACUCUUCGGGAUUGUUAUGGGAUCAUUUAUCACUAAACUUAUAUUUAGUACAUGAUAAUGUAGAUGAAGACGAUGAUGUAGAUGUAGAUGCUCAAUCAUAGCUAGAUCUCUAUUAAUGCACCCACUUCUUUGAGUGAAUGUAAGGAAUUGUAUUACGAGGACUGAACAUCUGGAGUUACUCAUCAGUAUUAUAGAACUAAGCGACAUGAUUCGCCUUGAAACGCAUCGCAGAACCUUUCCCCCCUUGAAAACGGUCUCAGGAUGCCUGUGAAGACGGAUUUUUUGUAGCCUUAGUCAUGGCGUCUUAUCUCCCUCUCUAAUUCCCCCACCGCGAUUUGCGGAGGUCUAUGCGGAUCGCUAAUGUUCGCGCCAUUCGAGAUGAGCAAGAGGGUGAAUGGCGUCUACGACCCAACGAAUACGCAUUUGAAGCCAACCUUGACGCACUUGUUCACGUACUAUGCUUUUGAGAGGCCUACUCUUUUCGAUUUCACUUAUGUUGUUUCCUUUAGUCUAAGGAUUCAAUCAACUACUUAUUCCUUGGAGGUUUCGAAGAUUCAUGAUUUCUGUAGAUACAAUAACAAGUAACUAACUGGUAUACAAUAUCAAGCUUUCUCUCACCUUUUAGGUGAAGGUUUAGGUCCCGCGACGCUCAAAGCACUAAGUAAAACAACCGGGUUGUUUUCACCUCAACAAAUCUAGGCUUAUCCCAUGCAACAUCAUUUAGGCAUUUAUUGUCAUCACAAUAGUUCCAAUUUCUCUAUAGUACUAUUAAGUACUACUAACAACAAUUUCUACAGUUUCCUCCCCUCCUUUGCUUUCGGUGCCGCCGCUACGGGUGCAUUUUCGAGCUUCGUUUUUUACGCUACGCAUUGGGAAGCAUUAGGCAUAGCCUGGAAGCGACAUCCAGACUUGUUCGAAGCACUCUGCGCCAUGGUCGCUGGCAUCGUGUGGCUUAUAUCGGUGUUUUUCUUAAGGCUAUUCCCUCUGGAGUUAUUAGCUAAAAUAAAAUUUUUCGUACCACCCUGGAUCGAGCUAGAGAUUACACGACGAGCUAGAGAUUAGAGUAGAUGAGUCCUUCCCCACUUCCACCUCCUCUUCUAAUCUGGACGUUAAUUUCCCUCACAUACGUUGGCUACACAUUGGCGUGCGUCUUUUUUCACUCGUGGAUGCUUGUGUACACGUUCUGGAACAUCUUGCUGUUCAACGAGCUGAGAGGAGCUAAAGCGCAGUCGGUCUUCUCCUUUUCCCAAUUGCUCUGCGUCACGGGAUUCUUCAUUAUGGGGUUGUCGAUGAAUAAAUAAUUAUAAUAAUCUGUUGAACUAAUAGAAGAGAAAAAAGAAGUUCUAGAAUCAGGACUAGCUCCAGCACAUCAGCCGCUGAACUAACUAAGUUGAGGUAGUUGAAUUCUGGUGUGCAAGAAGACUCACCGCUUACAGUUAUCGUUACUACAGAUCUUAUAAGGACCUAGACAUCGGAUACUAGAACUAGUUCUAUAUUAUAGAUCAUACUAGCUUAAGGCUUAGUACUGUAGGUACAGCUAACUAGUGUUUUUUUUUGUCCGUGAUACACAGAGUUUCGAUGUUGAUGUCGUCAAAAAGAAUCUUGAAUAAGAAACGUUUCAAAAAACCUUAAAGCUCAGUAGAUCGUUUCUAGAUUGUCGUUGUGAGUGAAGCGAGGUCCUCAAGGAAUGUCUAUGCCAUAUUGUAGAUAUGCACAGCCACAGCUCUGUCUUACUCCCUUUUCCAAUAGCUAUGCACAGCUUUGUAAUACGAAUGACGGUAUCAUUUUUUCGGAAUUUUUUUUGACAAGAACUGUCUGAAUCUGUAAGUUUUUAGCAACUACUUUUAUUUUCAGUCUUUUUCGAAGAUCUAGUACUGCGCAAUGCAAAGGAAUAAGGAUAGUGUGUGGGCACAGAGAAGAUGUAUUAGAGCACGAAGAGUUGAUCUGUAACACGUUAAGAUUCUGUAUAAUAACAUAUUGUCGUUGACUUUCGUAGUCACCCAUCAUCUUCGGAGGCGAGCAGCAGGUGCCUGUGGGGCUCGUUGUGAAGGAUCCAUAACCUAGCCUAAC